ACACAUCUCUCAGCUCGGAUGCUUUAAACAACCAUUCUGGCUUUAGAGAAAAACGAUGUAUGCGUUCUUGGUUUCGUUUGUUUUGCUUUUUAUCUCCUCUAUUCGUGGAGACGGCCACGACAACAAGUGUGAUGUCGUACCGAAAAAUCAGUUCAUUGAAGAGGGAUCCACGGCUGAGAUAUUUUGCCAAACCACAUGUGUAAAUGAGAACAUCUCCUGGACUUUGAACAACAAUCCCACUGAUCCAAGCAAGUCAACGAUAAUCAACUCCACACACACAGUCCUUUCACUGGAAAACUUCACUCCCCGCAGUGCUACCGUGCAGUGUCACAGCGCAAAAACCAACAUAGUCCUCGGAGGCACCAUCAUCAGAACAUAUACAAAGCCUAAAAACAUAUCAUGUAUCUGGCAUUAUAAAUCUAAAGAAAUGUACGGUGUUCCCGAGCUGUUAACAUGUAAAUGGGAGCAUCACGCAAACCCUUCAGUGGACAUAAACUAUACAGUACUCUGUUCUUUAAACUCAACCUCCUGUCAAAUGUGCAACACAAGUGAAACAUACUGCACAUCCAGGGAUGUCCAUUCUGAUAUGGAAAUAUUUGAAGACAUGUUGGUUAACCCCGUCACUGUUAGAAUUAGAGCUAAAACUGCUGAUUGGGAGGCGUACUCUGAUCCCUAUACAUUUGACCCAUUUCACAGAUUGAAAAUUAAUGCCCCGACGGUAGAGGUAGCCGCCUUCUUGGAUUGUCUGCUUGUGACGUGGGAACGGACAUUCUUACAACCAUGGCACUGUGAAGUCAAAUACUACAAGGCUUUACCACAUAGUGAAGAAACCCCAAAGAUCCUAAACUGUGACAACUGCACUAAUGCCACCAUUGAAGAUGUGGAAUCCUGCAGUAACCAUACGGUUUUGGCUCGAUGUGCCUACCACGAUGCUCCCUGGAGCGACUGGAGCUCCAAGAAGAUGGUUCUGACCAAACUAAACAGGAAUCGUACCAGGCUGCAGCUGUGGAGAAAAGUGACGGAAGUCGGAAAAAAUGGGAAUAGAAAAGUUCACGUCAUGUGGAUGGAUACUUCUAAGACUUGUGAAGAGGCUUUUAACUACACUAUCAAACUAACUACCUACAAAAAAGACACGGCCGGAGGAAUUGAUACAUCUCUUUUAUGUGACAGCUCACCCUGUGCUAUUGAAGUCGACCAAAAUUCACACAUAAUCAAAAUCAUAGCUUCCUAUAAUGGCAAUGUGCUUGCAGACGACUCGGUUUAUGUACCAGCUGUUGGAGAGGACCUCCCUCGAGUUGAGGACCUCCACACCUCAACCAAUCGAGGUGUUUUACUGGUUAGCUGGAAGGCUCUUCAGCAGCCUGUCGGUGGCUACAUGAUCGACUGGACCCACGAUGGAAAUGAAUAUCAUUGGAUGGAGAGCAGCGUCGCUAAUGCAGCUCUGUUUGAUCUCCAUGAUGAAAAGCCAUACAAUAUCACAGUAACGCCCUUUCUGGAUGACAAAACAGGCCACGGCGCACACGUCCUCCAGAUGUGCUCCAGAGUCGGAGUUCCAGGUGAUGUUACUUUGAGAAACGUUCAACCUUACGACAAAGGUGCCUUUGUAAGCUGGAAGACGGAUUCCCAGGAUCCAUGCAGCGGUGUUGUUACGCACUACAUCAUCUUUUAUGAGACAGACACUCCUAAACACAGACGGCUCAAUCUUACUGUGGAUGGCCAAAAGCGCGACAUAUUUUUGAAAGAUUUGACUCCAGACACUUCUUACAUCUUAUACAUCGAGGCCAAAUCGCUCACUGGAAGCACUACAAGCCAAAAAAGGAGCUUUAUAACCCAAAGAUUUGAUCCACGGCUCAUUACAGCAAUCAUCGUCUGUGGAAGCAUUGUAAUGGUUCUGGUGUUGUUUCUUGGGUUGUGCUGUGCCAUUCAGUGGAAGAAAUAUUUGGAGAAGCCGUUGCCAAAUCCAGGGCUCAGUUUUGCGGCUACGUGGUUGUUGCAGAGCCAUCAACAGGUGUCCCACUUGCAGCCGCCCAGUAAUCCCACUGAAAGCCCUUGCGACAGAGUCUACACAGAGGAAUCUGUGACGGAGACCACCCCUCAAUCCGCCGGAGACGCUGAUGUUCACACAAUCAGGGAGCAGACGGAGGAAUACUCUCAACCAGUCAUCUCUCUCAUGCCAGAGGAUGACAAGCCAGCUGAACCUGCCGGGAUACAGUUCCCACCUUCUUCUGAUGAAUCAACAAUGUUCCUUUCUUCUGAGAGCAGUCCGGUUUACCCUUAUCGAAGCCAAACCUCUGUGAAAGUGAAUGUAGCAAGGACUGUAAAGCAGUCCAAGCAUGACUCACACAAACAGCAUGAAAAGAUGUCGAUGAAGACUGUUUACGUCAGUUUGGACAUGUACAAACAAGGCGAUGCUAGGUGAGGAAAAUGGAAAAGUUAUAUAAACAGAUUUGUGGGGUAGAGACUUCCAAAGUCCACCUUCAAUCGCCAGAGAGAGAUGCAGGAUGGGUUUUGUCUGUUUGUGUGAUGUUCUGCAAUUAACAAUAAUAAUAAUAAUAAUAAUUAAAGCUGCAGGCAGCGAUGAACGGGCCCUCGCGCGUGCAAUUUUCACCAAUAAAGGUCAGGGACUCAAAACCGAGUCCGAUGACACCACCCACGACUCUUUAUGUCAA